AUAUUUUACAUGUGAUAAUCGGAGGGUCGAGCCUUAUAUACAGCUCACUCUCGACAUUGAACGCAUCAUAGUCCGCCUACUGCCGCUUCGGCUCUACGUCAUUUCCGUUCCCCAACCGUCUCCGAGAGUUUUGUCUAAGAUGGCGUCAAUGCAGUUAACGGAUGAUGAGCUUUUCUCCGAACUAAAGAGCCUCGGUUUCACUCCAGGUCCUGUUACCGAAAAUACCCGCCCGGUGUAUUUAAAGAAACUGAAGAAGCUUCGUGACGAGCAGCAGCAACGGGGCCUCAGACAGGGUAAAAUCCGCAGCAGCGGCGCCAACAACCGUACCAUUGACGGCGGCAACACGGCGGGAUCCAGGCCAGCCAGCCAUGACGUCACGCACCUGAGCUCUAGCAGGAGACCGAGCCGGAAGUCCUCUGUCCUCGGUUUCAGCUCCGACGAAUCAGACGCUGAAAUUCCACUAAAACGAAAGGGCAUCAGUCACAGCGGCAGGGCAGAGCGAAGUUCCAGCUUCCAGCAGCAGCCGCCGAAGGUUAGGCCCGUCACAUCGCUGAGUGGAACUAGCAAGAGUCAUUAUGGCGCUGGGAGUAACGCUACGCUAAACAGCAACAGCUCUUCCCCGGGCUUGGACGGGCACAGACGCGUUUCCCUGGGCUGGGAAGUCCGUGCCGCAUCCAGGGCCGAGGCGGAAGGGAGGGAUCGCGACGAAUCGGGAGAGGAGGACGAUUAUGACGGGGAACCGGAGAAAAACUCUCGCUCUUUAAAUGGCUGUGGGGCGUCUCACUUGAACACUAGCAAGCUAGCUGGGGAUUACUCCGACUCGGACGAGGAGAAGGUCGGGGGCCUCGUCGCCGGAGACCGUGAGCGGCACAGACUGGAGUCUAGACGGAGCCCCUCGAAGGGGCUCACUUCCUUUCGACUCGGCCGCGGGUCUCAGACGGGGGGAUCAGCCAGCGAGGCUAAUCCAGGGGCUCGAAAUAUGGUGGGGAGCCGAAGGGUGCGGGAGGAAGAGGAGGAGGAAGGCGACGAGGAAGAAGGAGACGCGUUGAAACGAAGGGACUCGGGCCCAUCGGGCGGCUUUCGGAGCCACCACCUCCCCCGGAAGACGAUCUACGUGUCCCUCAACGAGAACCACGGCGGGAACAACCACGUCGAUGCCGAGGACGCGGCGCCGGGAAGCGGCAGGUUCAGCAUCGGGCUCAGACCGCGCUUCUCCGGCAACUACAGCAGCCCGUCCCCGACGUACCGGAGCAACCACUCGAACCACACCUCGCCCAACCACUCGUACGGCCCGGCGUCGCUGAAGCAGCGCAAGGUCCCCGCUCCGGAGGACGAGCUGCUGCAGCAGUUCAAGCGGGAAGAAGUGGCCUCCUCCGGCAGCUUCAGCGCCAACUACCUGUCCAUGUUCCUGCUCACAGCAGCCUGCCUGUUCUUCCUGCUGCUGGGCUGCAUGUACCUCAGGAUGCGGGGCUCUGGGUCUGUUGAGGUGGAUGGCGUCAUUAAGAGCCACCCCUUUGGCCCAGAGUUUGACGCUGCCUAUGAUAAGGCAGAGAAGGACUUGAUCCUGAAGCUUUUGCUCAGUCUUCACGACCACCUGGCCUUUGUUGCUGGCCAAUAUGACUGUGGAGACCAAGCGCAUCUUAACAGAAGUUUGUCCGUAGACGAAGCCAUUGCAUAUUUACAGGCUCAAAAUCCAGACUUUGAAAAAUUCUCUCAUACAUCUCUGGAGUGGAUCAUUCGGACCGGCCAGGAUUUGGGCAUCAGGCUUAUAGGGCAGGGAGUCGACGAGCCUGUGAGCGAUGUGUCUGAGCUCUCCCGACUGGAGUCUACGCAUCCAAAGAUGCCCUUCACCUGCCGCUUCCGCAGAGCCUUCCUUACCGUCAUAAGCAGAGUCUUCCUCCUUGCAGUCGUGGUAGGUGGUGUGUGGAGUGUGGUUUGCUACGUGAAGUAUCGCUGGAGACGAGAGGAGGAGGAGACGAGGCAGAUGUACGACAUGGUGGAGAGAAUAAUUGAUGUGUUGAGGAGCCACAGUGAGGCAUGCCAAGAGAACCAGGACCUGCAACCCUACCUGCCCAUUCCCCACGUCAGAGACUCCCUGGUUCAGCCUCAGGACCGGAAGAAAAUGAAGAGGGUGUGGGAUCGGGCUGAGAGCUUUGUUUCAGCCAACGAGUCCCGAAUUCGAAAAGAGAAUCAGCGAAUUGGAGGAGGGGACUUCCUAGUGUGGAGGUGGAUCCAGCCCUCUCUUAGCUGUGACAAGAUGCCCUCCAAAGUCUGGCAGGGAAAAGCGUUCCCCUUGGAUCGGAGGAAUUCGCCUCCCAACAGUCUGACUCCGUGUCUGAAGAUCAGAAACAUGUUUGAUCCAGUCAUGGAGGUUGGGGAGAACUGGGAUCUGGCGAUCCAUGAGGCCAUCCUGGAGAAAUGCAGCGACAACGACGGCAUCGUCCACAUCGCUGUCGACAAGAACUCGCGAGAGGGUUGUGUCUAUGUGAAGUGUCUCUCCGCUGAGCACUCAGGGAAAGCCUUCAAGGCCCUUCACGGCUCCUGGUUUGAUGGUAAGCUGGUGACUGUGAAGUAUCUCCGUUUGGACCGAUACCACCAACGAUUUCCACAGGCACAGGGCUGCUCGACACCCCUGCGAGCCUGCAGCCUCCACUCAAAUGCUGCAAGCUCCACCAACACUACAAUCCAUUCAUAGCACCGCUUGGCCAAAGUCUUCAGGCUUCUCGUGAUCCAGUGUGACCUCCCAGCACGGCAGCACCAACCACCUGCUGCUGCUGCUGCAGCUGCUGAUGCUGCUGCUCUCAUAGCUUCCUAAUAGCGAAGACUCCAGCUUGUGUCAAGGACAGUUUUAUUGUUGUUUUGUUUUUGUGUUUUUGGUCUACAUCGGAUUGUUGCGAGACAGACAGUUCAUUGGUGCCGUAUCUUUUUUUUUUUUUUGUAAUAAUCUUUGUGUUAGAAAAGACACAGAUUUAACACUUGUGGAAACUUGCUAUUUUGGUUCUACUGUAACCAAAGCUGUGCGCUCAGCCUCCUGGCCUCCCUGCUUCUACUCCACUGUCUGAUGCUACAAUGGAGUUAAUUUGGGCACCGUACAGAAACAACUGCAUGUUUGUUUGCCCCUGUGUACGUUUUAAACCAACACAGCGUGGGUGUCGACUUCCUACAGCUACUCUAUGUACUUCUAGUUAUUAUUUCUAUUAUUAUUUACUCAAGCAAGGAAUAUGGGAGCCGAUUUGUCGAGGAUGUUUUGUAAAUACACAAACAGCCGACACAAGCUUUAUUGCAUCCUCUGUUUUAGAAGCAAAUUAUAAGCUCCAUUUGUAUCUUCUUGUUGCUCAAUUACCACAGCAGAGGCAAAACAGUUCCCCCUAAGAUGCUGCAAGAGCACAGAUGCACACAGAAUAGAUCAGGCGUUGGAAUUGGGCUACACUGUUUGUUUCACCCCUGGUCCUGGAUGUAGUCAUGAAAUUCUGCAGAGCAAUAGAACUGAAUGAGAGAGUGGAGAUGCCCACUUGAAGCUUUCUGCUUCAGGUAUCGCCUCAUUUAUUCUCAAAUUGUUCAUUGGUCACUAUAUUUAUUUACAUUUCCUGUUGGGCCAUUACAGUUGACACGGCCUUUAUUCAGUAGGCAACAUGUAUUGUCCUUUUUGGAGGAUUCUGUUAAUGUUGCUGCCAUUUGUUCCAUUGUGGGCAGCACCUUUUGGAGGUGUCUGCUCACAGUGCUCGAUUCCAAAUAUUCUAGCUGCCUCUGCACAGCAACUAUGCCACCCCCCUCCUCCACGGACUCCUGACUUCUUGUGUUUUACGAUAUUUGUAAUGCAGUGACUCGACCGCUGGAUUCAGUAUUUGCAGUGUGAAAUUCCAGAUGAUGCACACUUCUGACGUUUCAAAUCUGCUGCGGUGCUUUCCGCACAAAACAGUGCCUUAAAUUUGUUUUGUUGUGUUUUUUUUUUUUUUAGAUUGGCACUGCAUUACUGGAGAAUGUACUAGAUUCAAGAAGUAGAAAGUGUGAGCCUGCCAUAGAUGUAAUCAUAUUAGUUUUCUGUUAACUUUUAUAUUGAACCAAAUGCUUCUCUAUUUAUUUCUUCUUUUUUUUUUUUAAACACCUAUGGUGAUGUACUAUUUUGGUGUCACUACAUCUGUCACGUGUCAUAACCCCCUUCCCCCUUCCUCAAUAAGGAUUAUUGACCUACAUCGACUUCUAAGCAGCGAAAUAAAGUGAACACUUUCAGAAAUAAGCCAGUUGUUAGUGCUUCACUGUGAUUGUUGCAUGUCUUUGGGCAGGAUGGUGCAUCUGCACCGUUUAAGUUCACGCUAACUAAAAUGAGGCCAAAUGUAAAGUUUGGUUUCAUAUGUCGACAGGUUCCUUAGCCUGGGCUUUGCCUAUAAAUUGUGUGUUUGGAGCUGCAUUCUCGCUCUUUUUUUUUCCUUUUUAAUGUAUUUAAUGUAAACACUGUACAAUAUUAUAACAUGUACUAUUAUAUGCAGCUUUAUACCUUUUGCGUUGUAUGUUUGGAUUCACAGUAUCUCCCUAACCUGCUAGCCAGAGGGGUAGGUGUGUACAAUACUAGUUUAAAAGGAAUAGAUGUUUUAAUGUACUUUGUUAAUUGUACAAACAUCAAAAUUAAAGAUUUAAUAGGAUUUUUUUCUUACA